GGGGCCCGUGGGAGGGGCUGGAGCGCAGGCGGAGGGCGCGCCGGGGUAGGGGAGGACCGAGAUCCGGGCCCCGACUGCAGCUUCCUCGCGGUGGAGCCGCAUUUCUAGGCACCUCCGCCGCCCUUGCCCGCGCGCGGCGAGCGGUUUUUGGGCGUGCCGCCUGGAGGCGCGGAGCCCGCCCGGCGCGCCCGCCCUGCAGAUCCGGCCCCGGCGGAGGCGGCCGGACCGCGGAGAUGCGGUGCGGGGGCAGGGCGCGGGGAUUACGGUGGGAUCAUGGCAGGGCUGGGCUCCGAUCCCUGGUGGAAGAAAACCCUUUACUUGACCGGGGGAGCUUUGCUGGCCGCAGCUGCGUAUCUGCUCCACGAACUCCUGGUCAUUAGGAAACAGCAAGAGAUUGACUCUAAAGAUGCUAUUAUUUUGCAUCAGUUUGCAAGACCUAACAAUGGUGUUCCCAGUUUAUCUCCUUUCUGUUUAAAGAUGGAAACUUAUUUAAGGAUGGCUGACUUACCGUAUCAGAACUAUUUUGGUGGAAAACUCUCUGCUCAAGGGAAAAUGCCUUGGAUUGAAUAUAAUCAUGAAAAAGUUUCUGGCACAGAAUUCAUAAUUGACUUUCUGGAAGAGAAACUUGGAGUGAAUUUAAACAAAAACCUUGGCCCUCAUGAAAGAGCCAUCUCCAGAGCGGUGACCAAGAUGGUGGAGGAGCACUUCUACUGGACGUUAGCUUAUUGCCAGUGGGUGGACAAUCUCAAUGAGACCCGGAAGAUGCUCUCUCUUAGUGGUGGUGGUCCCUUCAGCAACCUGCUGAGGUGGGUCGUGUGCCACAUAACGAAAGGAAUUGUGAAACGCGAGAUGCACGGCCACGGCAUUGGCCGCUUCUCCGAGGAAGAGAUUUACAUGCUGAUGGAGAAGGACAUGCGGUCUUUAGCAGGGCUUUUGGGUGAUAAGAAGUACAUCAUGGGGCCCAAGCUUUCCACUCUUGACGCCACUGUCUUUGGACACUUGGCACAGGCAAUGUGGACCUUACCAGGGACAAGACCCGAACGGCUGAUCAAAGGUGAGCUGAUCAACCUUGCCAUGUACUGUGAGAGGAUAAGGAGGAAAUUUUGGCCAGAGUGGCACCACGAUGAUGACAAUACCAUCUAUGAGUCUGAGGAGAGCAGCGAAGGCAGCAAAACCCACACUCCGCUGCUGGAUUUUAGCUUUUACUCAAGGACAGAGACCUUUGAAGAUGAGGGAGCAGAAAACAGUUUUUCCAGAACCCCAGACACAGAUUUUACUGGACACUCACUCUUUGAUUCGGAUGUGGACAUGGAUGACUAUACAGACCACGAACAGUGCAAGUGAUGUCCAGCCUCACUGACCCUCUUCCUUGGGACCUGCCACUCCCUGGGUCGGUCCAUUUUCCCAGGUAGCAAUCCAUCCGAGCUGGGAGGAGAUCUUCGUGCUUGGCACAGUUUUCACAUGCUAACUGGACUAUAGCAGCCUUAUUUCUUUUUUGUACAAACAAAACACAGAACCAUUCAGAUGACUCCAUUGAAAACAAACAGGCAAAAAAUAAUAAUGUCAGCAUGGUUCCUGAAAUCCAUUUUUGUUUUCAUUAGAAAACUAUUAAUAAUAUUGUGUGGUAGAGCAGGUGUAAGAGCAGGUUGUCAGCUGAUAGUCUUUAUGAUGAUCCUAUUCAACAUUGAGGUCUUAAUUGUGAGAUGGAUUCUUGAACCUCCUUUCUCCACCAGGAUCUGAAGUAAUGAGAGAUAUCAUCAGAAAAAUGUUUUAUGGUGGCUACUUGUACUUUAUGUGUGUAUAUUGUAUGUUGAGACAUAAGUCAAAUAAAAUCCACAGAUAUUAAACGAA